AUUACAGAGAUUGCACUAUUAAUAUAAAAGAACAUGUGUUAUGGUUUUAAGAAAAAACGAACGAAAUUAUUUACGAAAAUUUUAAUAAUGCGACCCGUUCUAAUUGUAUCGAUUAUCUGUGCCAUAUUAUUGGUAUCAGUUAGUGCCAAUAACCAGGAAAUCAGUGAUGACAAUACUAACGAAACAGGCGAUCCUUUAGAAAGCCUACAAGACGGACCUUGCGAAGAUGAUCUAAAUGAAAACCAAUCAACAAUUGAUAUUCAGAUUGAAUCAUUCACGACAGAAAUAUCACCAGAAUAUCCAGCUAAUAACGACACUCAAAAUAUAACUGAUAUCAGAUUGGAUACACCCGACAAGAACGGAGGAUUAACCGAUCUCGAAAAUAACGACGACGUAGUUGAAGAUACUACAAAUGAUGCUGCAACUACUGUAAACGAUUUAAAUGUUAAUUAUACAGAAAAUGAUGAUAUUACUGAAGAAUCAGUUAAUAACGAAACUUAUAACAAUAACGAUGCAAUAGAUGAUUCUAUUGAUGUUACUACAGAAACUAAUUUUAAGAAUGAUGCCGAUACAGAUUCAAUUGGUAACAAUGGAUUGACUAAUGAAGGAUUUGUCGAUAUUGUAACCUUAGUUUAUCAAAGAAGUGAUAAUACAGACGCAACAGAUUCUGGUGACGAUAUUAAAGUAACUGCUGGUGAUAAUAAUGAAGAUACAACUGAUGAAAGUGAAACUACUACAGUUGUUAAUGCAAGAAACGAUAUUGAAGCAAAAGAUAACGUACCUAUUGAUGGUAAUAGAGAUGAAAAUGUGAAUGACGACGAAGAAACUACCAAUACAGAUGUAACUAACUCUGAUGACGAUAUUAGUGCAACUAAUGGUGAUAAUAAUGAAGAUACAGCUGAUGAAAGUGAAACUACUACAGUUGAUUCUGUUGAUGUAACAAUUUUUGAUGCAAGAAACGACAUUAAAGCAGAUGAUAAAGUAUCUAAUGAUAAUAUUAACAACAAUAUAGAUAAUAAUGAAAAUAUUGCUAAUACAGAUACAACAGAUUCUGGUGACGAUAUUAAUGUUACUACUAGUGAUAAUAAUGAAGAUACAACUGAUGAAAGUGAAACUACUACAGUUGUUAAUGCAAGAAACGAUAUUGAAGCAAAAGAUAAUGUACCUAUUGAUGGUAAUAGAGAUGAAAAUGUGAAUGACGACGAAGAAACUACCAAUACAGAUGUAACUAACUCUGAUGACGAUAUUAGUGCAACUAAUGGUGAUAAUAAUGAAGAUACAGCUGAUGAAAGUGAAACUACUACAGUUGAUUCUGUUGAUGUAACAAUUUUUGAUGCAAGAAACGACAUUAAAGCAGAUGAUAAAGUAUCUAAUGAUAAUAUUAACAACAAUAUAGAUAAUAAUGAAAAUAUUGCUAAUACAGAUACAACAGAUUCUGGUGACGAUAUUAAUGUUACUACUAGUGAUAAUAAUGAAGAUACAACUGAUGAAAGUGAAACUACUACAGUUGUUAAUGCAAGAAACGAUAUUGAAGCAAAAGAUAACGUACCUAUUGAUGGUAAUAGAGAUGAAAAUGUGAAUGACGACGAAGAAACUACCAAUACAGAUGUAACUAACUCUGAUGACGAUAUUAGUGCAACUAAUGGUGAUAAUAAUGAAGAUACAGCUGAUGAAAGUGAAACUACUACAGUUGAUUCUGUUGAUGUAACAAUUUUUGAUGCAAGAAACGACAUUAAAGCAGAUGAUAAAGUAUCUAAUGAUAAUAUUAACAACAAUAUAGAUAAUAAUGAAAAUAUUGCUAAUACAGAUACAACAGAUUCUGGUGACGAUAUUAAUGUUACUACUAGUGAUAAUAAUGAAGAUACAACUGAUGAAAGUGAAACUACUACAGUUGUUAAUGCAAGAAACGAUAUUGAAGCAAAAGAUAACGUACCUAUUGAUGGUAAUAGAGAUGAAAAUGUGAAUGACGACGAAGAAACUACCAAUACAGAUGUAACUAACUCUGAUGACGAUAUUAGUGCAACUAAUGGUGAUAAUAAUGAAGAUACAGCUGAUGAAAGUGAAACUACUACAGUUGAUUCUGUUGAUGUAACAAUUUUUGAUGCAAGAAACGACAUUAAAGCAGAUGAUAAAGUAUCUAAUGAUAAUAUUAACAACAAUAUAGAUAAUAAUGAAAAUAUUGCUAAUACAGAUACAACAGAUUCUGGUGACGAUAUUAAUGUUACUACUAGUGAUAAUAAUGAAGAUACAACUGAUGAAAGUGAAACUACUACAGUUGUUAAUGCAAGAAACGAUAUUGAAGCAAAAGAUAACGUACCUAUUGAUGGUAAUAGAGAUGAAAAUGUGAAUGACGACGAAGAAACUACCAAUACAGAUGUAACUAACUCUGAUGACGAUAUUAGUGCAACUAAUGGUGAUAAUAAUGAAGAUACAGCUGAUGAAAGUGAAACUACUACAGUUGAUUCUGUUGAUGUAACAAUUUUUGAUGCAAGAAACGACAUUAAAGCAGAUGAUAAAGUAUCUAAUGAUAAUAUUAACAACAAUAUAGAUAAUAAUGAAAAUAUUGCUAAUACAGAUACAACAGAUUCUGGUGACGAUAUUAAUGUUACUACUAGUGAUAAUAAUGAAGAUACAACUGAUGAAAGUGAAACUACUACAGUUGUUAAUGCAAGAAACGAUAUUGAAGCAAAAGAUAACGUACCUAUUGAUGGUAAUAGAGAUGAAAAUGUGAAUGACGACGAAGAAACUACCAAUACAGAUGUAACUAACUCUGAUGACGAUAUUAGUGCAACUAAUGGUGAUAAUAAUGAAGAUACAGCUGAUGAAAGUGAAACUACUACAGUUGAUUCUGUUGAUGUAACAAUUUUUGAUGCAAGAAACGACAUUAAAGCAGAUGAUAAAGUAUCUAAUGAUGAUAUUAACAACAAUAUAGAUAAUAAUGAAAAUAUUGCUAAUACAGAUACAACAGAAUCCGGUGACGAUAUUAAUGUUACUACUAGUGAUAAUAAUGAAGAUACAACUGAUGAAAGUGAAGCUACUACAGUUGAUGUAACAAUUUCUGAUGUGAGAAACGAUAUUAAAGCAGAUGAUAAAGUAUCUAAUGAUGAUAUUAACAACAAUAUAGAUAAUAAUGAAUAUAUUGCUAAUACAGAUACAACAGAUUCCGGUGACGAUAUUAAUGUUACUAGUGGUGAUGAUAAUGAAGAUACAACUGAUGAAAGUGAAGCUACUACAGUUGAUGUAACAAUUUCUGAUGUGAGAAACGAUAUUAAAGCAGAUGAUAAAGUAUCUAAUGAUGAUAUUAACAACAAUAUAGAUAAUAAUGAAUAUAUUGCUAAUAUAGAUACAACAGAUUCCGGUGACGAUAUUAAUGUUACUAGUGGUGAUGAUAAUGAAGAUACAACUGAUGAAAGUGAAGCUACUACAGUUGAUGUUACAAUUUCUGAUGUAAGAAACGAUAUUAAAGCAGAUGAUAAAGUAUCUAAUGAUGAUAUUAACAACAAUAUAGAUAAUAAUGAAUAUAUUGCUAAUAUAGAUACAACAGAUUCCGGUGACGAUAUUAAUGUUACUAGUGGUGAUGAUAAUGAAGAUACAACUGAUGAAAGUGAAACUACUACAGUUGGUUUUGAUGCUAUUAUCACAAUUGUAGAUGCAGGAAAAGAUAAUAUGAAUGAUGUAGAUGACAAUUCUGCCAAGGGAUCUGAAAAUAGCGAAGAUACUAAGAAAACUACAAUUGGAGAAAACGCUGAUGGUAGUUUCAGUGUCAAUUCUGAAGUUAAUAAUGAAGACGCCACUGAAAAUAACGAUGUUUUUACCACAGUAACCGAUUCAAGUAUAAUUGAUGACGAAACUACAAUUAAUUCAAAUAUAAAUGAUGCAAAUGAUGAUAUACAAACUAAUGAUGACGGAAUAACUGAGAAUGGCAGUAAUUCAAAUACAAAUAAUGCCAAUAAUGAUGAAAAAACCGAUGCUAAUGUUGACAAUGGUGUUUUUAAUGGAGCUAAUAAUGAUAAUAACAACGAAAGCAACAAUAUUAACGAUGCUACUGAUAGUGCUAAUGGUGCAUCUAGCGCAUCCACUACUCCCGAUGGUUUUGGAGAUUCAACGACAGAUAUUGGAGAAGAAAUACUAAAAAUUAAGGAGGAAAUGAGACAGAAAACAGAGGAGUUAAGAAAACGAUUAGAAGAAGUAAGGAAGCAACAAGAAAAGCAAAAAGAAGAAGAAAGGAGACUAAAGGAAGAAGAGAAGAGACAGAAAGAAGAAGCAGAAAAACAACAAAGAGAAGAAGAGAAAAAGCGUAAGGAAGAGGAAAGAAGACAGAAAGAACUCGAGAAGAAGCAAAAAGAAGAAGAGAGAAGACAGAAGGAGCUCGAAAAGAAACAAAAAGAAGAAGAGGAGAAAAAACAGAAGGAGCUCGAGAAGAAGCAAAAACAAGAAGAAGAAAAAAGACAGAAGGAUCUCGAAAAGAAGCAGAAAGAAGAAGAAAAAAGAAGACAAAAGGAGCUCGAGCAGAAGCAAAAAGAAGAAGAAAAGAAAUUGAAAGAAGAACAAAGGAAACAGAAAGAAGAAGAGAACAGGAGAAAGCAGGAAGAGAAAAGAAUACAGAACGAGGAAAGACAGAAACAGAAACUAGAAGAACAAAAACUAAAAGAGGAAGAACGGAAAAGGAAAGAAGAAGAGAAGAAUGAUUCUGAUGAAAGUGAAGAGGAUAGUACAGAAAGCACACAAAACAAUACAGAAAAAUAUGAGAAAUGGAUGAUGAUACUCCAGAGAAAAAUCGAGCAGAAACAAAAAUAUUUAGAUUCUAUUAAGGAGAAAUAUGGAAUCGACGUACAGUGCGACUCAGAAAUUUGUAGAUUAAAUUGUGUAUUAGCUCGUAAUCAUUCAGGUUAUUGCAAUAAAGAUAAAUUGUGUGUAUGCAUAUAGGUUAGAAAUAUAUUGCGAAUUAAUUAUAUAAGCUUAAGUUAAAAAUAAAUCAUUUGUAUCUUAGUAUGUAUUGAUUUUUUUUACAUUCAUUUGUCAAAUAAAUUUACU